AUGCUUCUCAUUGUGGUCUUCUUGGCAUCUCCAGACCUGUUUGAGUCACUGUAUUUUCAGAGUGACUUCAAGUGUAAGACAUUCUUCUACAUGCACAGGGUGAUGAGGAGCCUCUCCAUCUGCACCACCUGCCUCCUGAGCAUGCUCCAGGCUGUCGCCAUCAGCCUUGGCACCUCCUGGUCUGCAACAAUUAAACAGAAGUUCACAGGUUACAUCUUUCACUCCUUCUUCUUCCUAUGGGUUCUCAGUUUGUCUCUCAGUAGUAACCUGCUCUCCUCCAUUGUGGCUUCUUCUAAUGGGACCAAGACCGAUGUGCUAAGUAUCAGCAAAUACAACUCACUUUCUUCCAUAAGCUACAUUAUCAGGAGCCUGUCUUUCAUGCUGCCACUGCUUAUGAAUGUCUUCUUUGUAGCAAUCAUACUGCUCUCAAGUGCAUACAUGGUAAUUCUCUUGUCCAGGCAUCAGAGACGAUCCCAAUACCUUCAUAGAACCAACCUGUCUCCAAAAUCCUCCCCAGAGAAAAUGGCCACCCAGACCAUCUUGCUGCUGGUGAGUUGCUUUGUGGUCAUGUACUGGGUGGACCUUAUUAUCUCAUCCUCCUCAGCUCUAUUAUUGGCUUAUGACUCAGUCAUUGUGAGUGUCCAGAGGCUUGUGGGCAGUUUCUAUUCCACUGUCAGCCCUUUUACACUUAUUAGUUCAGAUAAAAGAAUAAUCAAAAUUUUGCAUAAUGUGCGAUAUAAAUAUAAAUUUUUCAUAAAUUAA